AUGUCAACCCCCCCUUCGAAUAUCUCUCGUAAGCAAGGGAUGAAAUCGACCCUAUCCUAUUGGCAUAGUAGGGCCAAUAGGAGCAGCCGUUUGCCGGGCUUGUUCGAAUAUUUUUUUACGCUGGCCGUAAAACGUGAAAUCGGUGAUCUGGAUUGGUGUGAGUCCAGCGGUACGGAAGAUUACUGCGAGGAUUCAGACCUGAGGAUGGUCGAAACGUCGGCACCGCAGCCCUCGACCGUUCUGCCGCAGCACUUUCUGUUUUUAAACCAAAUGAAUGAGGGUUUUAAACCGGUUUAUCGGAAAAACGGGCCGCAGGAGCCCUCAUCGACCCCUAGCGGUAGUUCGUUGUUUACAAUUGAUAGUAUCUUAUCGAGACCGAGACCUACAUCGGUGACAGCGAUGCCAAGGCCGACGGUCUUUCAAACUGGACCACCUGCUGGCUUUAAUUUUGCUGGACACAUUGCUGCUGCCAGUGCUGGAUUUGGCACCACUUCUGCUGAAUUUCUUGCAAUGGCAUACCCCGGAUUAUAUCCAGGCUACGUACAUGCUCUUGCAGCAGCCUCCCAAGCAGCUUCCCUAGCUGGAACCGUUAGUCACCAUCACCAUCAACCACCAAAAAGGAAACGCAGACACCGGACGAUUUUCAGCGAAGAACAACUGGAGCAACUGGAAGCAACUUUUGAGCAGACGCAUUAUCCAGAUGUUGUUCUUCGUGAACAGCUAGCGUUGAAAGUUGAUCUUAAGGAGGAACGAGUUGAGGUGUGGUUUAAAAACCGCCGAGCGAAAUGGCGAAAACAAAAGAGGGAGGAACAAGAAAGACUGAGAAAAAUGCAAGAAGAAGACUCACGGUCCAACUUAGAAUCCCAAAGGAUCUUAGCACCCCCGACAACACAACAAUUUAGUGACGAAGACUCUUCGGACCUAGAGGUCGCUUAA